AUGAUAAAUGUAGAAUCUUCGAUGGAUGAGAGGAAUUGUUGGAGGAAGAAGGUGACGCGAAAGACAAUAGGUUGGCUGCUCCGCUGCUCCAGAGCAAACAAUUCAUAUUCUGAAUCUGUUGGUAGCGGCAGAUCAGAAAUGGGUUCAGAGGCCAAAGUUCUUUCACUUGAAGAGGUUUCAAAGCACGCUACGAAAGAGGAUUGUUGGCUUGUUAUUUCAGGAAAGGUGUAUGACAUUACACCUUUUCUAGAUGAUCAUCCUGGAGGUGAUGAAGUGCUAGUGUUAGCCACCAGGAAAGAUGCAACGGAGGAAUUUGAAGAUGUGGGGCACAGUCAAAAUGCGCGGGACAUGUUGAAAGAUUACUACGUGGGUGAUAUCGAUGUCAACACUUUGCCACAGAAAGGACAGUACUACAAGCCGCCUUCAGCUUCUGGUUCAAAGCAAGCUUCUGCUGCUGGAUCAUCCAACAACACUAUUUUAAUGUUGCUUCUUCCUAUAAUCAUCAUGCUCUUGGCAUAUGCCCUUUAUUUUUAUGCCAAAAAAGAUGCUUGAAUCUUUCAUCUCAACUCAAGUCAAGUCUUUUGUAAUUCAAAUUAUCUCUUUCUAUUAUGGAAUUUGGGAUUUCUGUUUUCUUUAUCAACUAGGUUGUUCUUGGAGAGUAUAAAACCGAUUGUUGCUUUGGGCAUAAUGACAUAUAUUAUAUAUAUAUCUAUAAUGUUGUAUUCAAUCAGGACAUAAUGAAGCAACAGAAGUCAUAUUUGGCGUUGAGGCUUCUAUAUAGUCUUUACUCUUUGGGAUUUUGUUUAUUUAACAUGCUUCUUAGUUUACAACAUUUUUCAGAGUUUGGAUUUGAG